AACGGCAGCAUAAAUUCAUUGUAUAACUUGAAGUUGUUUCACUGUUAAAUGUUUCGAAAUAUCUAUAUUUAUUACAUAAUGUGUCAUUUAUAUUUAGCUGCAUAAAUAAUCAUUUUAAUAUUUACUGUAGCACAGAUGUAUUUUUCAGGUUUUAGUAGUGCUUAUAUUGCACAGGUUUUCAAACGUUAUUGCCUACAUGCAUGGUUGAAUCAUUAAUCAAGUGAUCAAUAUAAAUGUUUUUGAAGGACCACCUUUAGCAUGCGACUCCUUUUAUAAGAGACGGCUCAGUUUAUGUCAAGACCUGGAUAUCACUCAUCAUCAUGGAUCUGAACAUUAGCCCCUGUUGGAAACAGCUCCUUCUGUUCUCUCUCCUUCUUGUCUGUGUCAAUGGACAAAUGGCAGGGCCAUCUUUCAUGGUGACGUUUCCUGCAGUGAUUGAGUCAGGAUCUGAGGCCAGACUGUGUGCAAGUCUUCUCAAGCCCAAUGAAAGCCUUGUCAUAAACAUUUAUCUGGUUGAUGGUAACCAGAGCACUUUACUGCUGCAGGAGAAAGCUGAGGAAGAGUUUCACCGCUGCUUUAACUUCAAGGCUCCUCUGAUAGAAGCAGAAUCUGUUCAGAAAAUGAAGGUAGAACUUCAAGGAGAGUCUUUAAAGAUGUCUGAAGAGAGAAAAGUCAUGUUCAGACCUUACCAUCCUCUGACCUUUAUCCAGACUGAUAAACCCAUCUAUAUUCCAGGACAGACAGUGAAUUUUAGAGUUGUUACCAUGGAUAAAAACUUUUCACCGCUUGAUCAGCAGUAUAGUAGAGUGAUACUUGAGGACAGUAAAGGUAACAGAAUUGCUCAAUGGACAAAUGUUUCUUCAACAAGGUGGAUUUUGCAGCGUUCUUAUGAAUUAAACCCGGAAGGCUGUCAAGGCAUAUACAAACUGAAGGCUUACAUUGGUGACAGGAUGAUAUCACAUGAUUUUGAGGUGAAAAAAUAUGUUUUGCCUAAGUUUGAAGUUACUGUGACGGCACCGAAGACAGUGAGUAUAGAUGAUGAGUCAAUGGCAGUUGAAGUUUGUGGAAAAUACACAUACGGGCAGCCUUUAUCUGGUAAAUCAUGGGUGAAAGUGUGUCGUAAUAUUCAACGCUACUCUUACUGGGGUGAUAAACACAGUCCAAUAUGUGUGAAUAUAACCACUGAGAUGAAAAGGACAGGCUGUGCCAUCCAUACCUUAGAUCUAUCUGCCUUUUUAAACUCCACAUAUGAGGAUGAACUAGAAAAUUCUCUUCAUGUUGAAGCAACAGUCACAGAAGAAGGAACAGAGAUCACCAUGACAAAAUCUGAAACUAUUUCUCUCACUUAUGAAAUCGGCAAAUUCACACUUACUGACCUGCCCAAAACAUAUGAACAUGGAUCAGUUAUAGAAGGAAAAAUCAAACUUUCAAAUUUCAAAGGUGCACCAAUACAAAACAAAGUGGUUUAUCUUUUGGAGGGAUCCUGGUCCUCAAAACUGCUCCUAAAUCUCACUACAGACAGCGAUGGACUGGCCAGCUUCUCUCUUAAUACAUCUAGUCUUCCUAAAGAAGACAUUAAUCUGAUGGCGAGUGUGUAUCCAACGUUUCAUUAUGAUGGUUACAAAACACCUUCCUUCUCUACGGACAGAAAAACAGUUCAUCUUUUCCGGCCUGUCACUCCAUACACCCCAUCAUUAAGUGAACUGAUCAUAGAAAACAUUGAGCAACCAUUAAAGUGUGAUGCUGAGUUUACAGUGACCAUCAAGUAUUAUUUUAUUGGAGAGACUGCUAAAGACUUCAAAACUGACAUUGUCUAUAUGGUCUUGUCCAGAGGAGUGAUCGUUCAUCAUGGAUAUGAGAAGGUUGAAGUCAAGUCUUCUAAUGGAGCAGCAAGUGGCACAAUGUCAUUCAAACUGUCUGUUGGUGCAGAUCUAGCUCCUGCAGUGCAGAUUCUGGUCUACUGUGUUCUGCCCAGUGAAAAUGUUGUUGCUCGUAGCACAACAUUUGACAUUGAAAAGUGUUUCAAAAACAAGGUUUCUCUGCAGUUUUCUCCCUCUAGAGCAGUUCCUGGUGAGAAAAACACUCUCCAUCUCUCAGCUCAGCCUGGUUCACUGUGCGGCCUCAGUGCUGUAGAUCAGAGCGUCCUGAUCCUGGAGUCAGGAAAACGUCUGGAUACUGACAAGAGUGUGGUUUAUAAUGCAGUAUCAUAUGAUUCUGAAAUGGAUUUGAAUAUGAAUGAGGGAGACUCUUCAGUUGAAGUGACAGUUCGUACUGUCUUUCCUGAAACAUGGAUUUGGCAACUUGCUGCAGUUGGAGACUCUGGAUCAGCUCAGGUUCCUGUCACAGUUCCUGACACCAUCUCCACUUGGGAGACGGAGGCCUUCUGUCUGUCCUCCAAAGGUCUGGGUCUGGCUCCUCCUGCUCAGUUGACAGUUUUCCAGCCCUUCUUCCUGGAGCUCUCUCUGCCUUACUCCAUCAUCCGUGGGGAGAUCUUUGAGCUGAAGGCCACUGUCUUCAACUAUCUGUCCAAGUGCAUCAUGGUUAAAGUGACUCCAGCUCUUUCCUCAGACUACACUCUCAAAGCCUCCUCUGAUGAACAGUAUUCAUCCUGUCUGUGUGCUAAUGGAAGAAAAACCUUUAAAUGGAUCCUCACUCCUUCUGUUCUUGGAGUCUUGAAUAUUACAGUCAGUGCAGAGGCUGAGUCGUCCCAGACUGUGUGUGACAAUGAGAUUGUGAGCGUGCCAGAGAGAGGACGCAUUGACACAGUCACACGAAGUCUGCUUGUACAGGCUGAAGGAACUGAGAAGACAGAGACCUACAGCUGGUUACUGUGUCCAAAGGGCGACAGUCUCACAGAGGAAGUGGAUCUGAAUCUUCCUAAAGAUGUGAUAAAGGGAUCAGCAAGAUCCUCUGUUUCAGUCAUUGGGGACAUACUGGGUCGUGCACUGACAAAUCUUCACGGAUUACUACAGAUGCCGUACGGCUGUGGAGAACAAAACAUGGCUAUUCUUUCUCCCAAUAUUUACAUUCUGCAGUAUCUGGAAAACACAGAGCAGCUCACUUCAGCCAUCAGAGAGAGAGCCACCGGCUUCCUUAAGAGUGGAUACCAGAGACAACUGAACUACAGACAUACUAGUGGUGGAUACAGCACAUUUGGACGUGGAGAUGAGAAUACAUGGUUGACUGCCUUUGUCCUGAGGUCUUUUGGCAAAGCGCAGAAAUACAUAUUUAUUGAUCCACAAAAUAUUCAGAGUGCAAAGGAAUGGUUAAUAAGCAGACGGGAUUCAGACGGCUGUUUUAUCCAACAGGGAAGUUUGUUCAACAACAGAAUGAAGGGUGGAGUGAAUGAUAAUGUGACUAUAACAGCCUACAUUACUGCAUCACUACUUGAACUAGAAACUCCAGUAACAGAUCCUGUCGUCAGUAAAGGUUUGUCCUGCUUGAGGUCUGUCAUUGAGGAUGUCAAAAACACUUACACCACUGCUCUGCUCGCCUACACCUUCAGUCUGGCUAAAGACACAGACACUCGACAGCAGCUUUUCAAGAAACUGGAGGAUGUUGCUAUUUCAGAUGGGUCUCGUCUCCACUGGUCUCAGUCUGCUUCUGCUGAUGACUCUGAUUCUCUGGCAGUGGAGAUCAGCUCAUAUGUGCUGCUAGCUGUUCUCUCUGCUGAUUCACUCACUACAGCUGAUCUGGGCUUUGCUAACAGGAUUGUCAGCUGGCUUGUGAAGCAGCAGAAUGCCUAUGGAGGAUUCUCCUCCACACAGGACACAGUGGUGGCUCUUCAGGCUCUGUCUUUGUACGCCACCAAAGUGUUCAGCGCUGACGGCUCCAGCACAGUGACUGUACAGUCAGCAGCAGACACUCACCACUUUGAUGUCAAUCAGGACAAUAAGUUACUGUACCAGGAGAAGCAGCUGCAGGAUGUCCCAGCCAAAUACAGCAUUGAAGUGAAGGGCUCAGCUUGUGUGUCUGUGCAGGUGGCUCAGUUCUACAACAUCCCGACUCCUACUGAAGCUAAAACACUGAGCAUUGAUGCAAAGAUAGAGGGAGAUUGCAAAACACUGGGACAAAAUUUCCUUCUGAACUUCACUGUCAAAUAUCAUGGUCCCCAGGAGAUGACUAACAUGCUCAUUGUGGAUAUUAAACUUUUAUCAGGAUUCACAGCUGACACAUCAUUGCUUACAACGUCAAUUAGUUCAGAAGUUCUUGCUCAGAAGUAUGUGGAGCGGGUCGACACAAAAGAAGACCAUGUCAUAGUUUAUUUAACAGAGAUUCCAAAACAUAUUUCUAUGAAUUACAAGAUACAAAUGAAACAGGUUCUUCCAGUGAAGAAUCUCAAGCCAGCAGUGGUCAAAGUGUAUGAUUAAUACCAAACAAGUGAUCAGUCGGAGACCGAGUACUCCUUCCACUGUCAAUAAGGUCAUGCACUUCAGUCCUGCAGCUCAUAGUAUAAUGACACAGAAUACAGAAUGUCUUUUUAAUACUGUAUGAGUAGUUAUUCUUAGUGGCAUUGUUUUAUUUCAUUUGUAAUUUUUAUGUAUGCUUUUAUAUGUGUACUCAGUGGCAGCAGGCCACUCACAAUUUUAUUUGUAAUUUUAUUUGUAAUUAAUCUUUUAACAAAACUUGUUUGAUCCUAUUAUGGAAAAUAAAGAAUUUAGAGAUUU